ACACUAUUUUCUCUCGAACUACUCGACUUUUGAUUGAAUUUUCGCAUUGGAUACCCUUCUUGAUGCUUUAUUGAGUUGGAUAGGAUGGCGUCCAGGGCAUUGCGCUCACUUCCAAGGCAAUGGCGAUAUGCCUUGCAACCCCUAGCUUCUCAACAAUAUCGGCGACAUUUGACAUCGGCGUGGGCGAGUCAGCCAGCCAUUUCAACGUCUCGGAGACAUGCUAAUCUCAUGGACAAUUCCACCAGGUUCGCCUCGGGGCAGGCCACUGGUGGCAAGCCAUUCGAGAAGGUGCUGGUUGCAAACAGAGGUGAAAUCGCCUGCAGAGUAUUCCGCACAUGCAAGGAGAUGGGCAUCAAGACCGUGGCCGUAUACAGUCAGGCUGAUCAGAGUGCUCUGCACGUACGGGAAGCUGACGAGGCAGUCUGCAUCGGUCCAGCACCCAGCAACCAGAGUUACCUGAACAUUGAAGCGGUUGUCGAUGCUGUCAAGCAGACUGGAGCAAAUGCAGUUCACCCUGGAUAUGGGUUCUUGUCGGAGAACAAGAAGUUCGCUGCACGCCUGGCUGAUGAAGGCGUCGCGUUCAUUGGUCCAGGCUCGUUUGCCAUCCAUGCAAUGGGUGAUAAGAUCGAGAGCAAGAAAAUUGCUAAGGAGGCCAACGUCAACGUGAUUCCCGGAUUUGAUGGUGUAGUUGAGAACACCGAUGAUGCCAUCCGUUUAGCUAAUGAGAUUGGCUACCCUGUCAUGUUGAAGGCAUCUGCUGGUGGUGGGGGCAAGGGAAUGAGAGUUGUCUAUGAUGACAGCCAGUGCAAGGAGGGAUUCGACUUGGCUACAGCCGAAGCCAAAUCCAGCUUCAAUGACCAUCGUCUGCUCAUUGAGAAAUUUAUUGAAGAGCCGCGUCACAUUGAAAUUCAAGUGUUGGCUGAUAACCAUGGCAACUGUAUCUACCUGAACGAGAGAGAAUGCUCCAUUCAACGCCGUAAUCAGAAAGUCAUUGAAGAGGCACCCAGCACGUUCCUCACUCCAGAAACACGCCGGGCAAUGGGAGAGCAGGCCAUCGCACUGGCCCGUGCUGUCAAGUACUGCUCAGCUGGCACCGUCGAGUUCUUGGUGGAUAACAAGAGAAACUUCUACUUCCUGGAAAUGAACACGCGGUUGCAAGUCGAGCAUCCCAUCACCGAGUGCAUCACUGGUGUUGAUCUGGUCAGCGAGAUGUUGCGUGUUGCAGCAGGCCUGCCUCUCACUGUGACGCAAGACGACAUCGGUAUCAAAGGCUGGGCUGUCGAAUCUCGUGUCUAUGCAGAGGAUCCCAAGCGCUUCUUGCCAUCUCCCGGUCACUUGAGAAUGUGCCGUGAGCCUGAUGUACGCGUGGACACGGGUGUGAAAGAGGGCUCCACGAUCAGCAUGUUCUACGACCCAAUGAUCUCAAAGGUGGUUACCCAUGGUGCUACGCGUGACGAAGCUAUCGCUAGCAUGAUCGACGCCCUGGACAACUAUGUGAUUCGCGGUGUAAAGAACAAUGUCAGUAUUCUCCGUGAUGUACUGCACCAUCCUCGCUUCAAGGAGGGCGACAUCAGCACCAAUUUCCUGGUGGAGGAGUACCCGAAAGGUUUCGACGGUCAUGUUCUGACGGAUCAAGAGACAAAUGAGCUGGCCGUUACUGCCGCUAUCCUGGAAGCUAGGAGACUGCAGCGCUACAACCUUGCUUUGCACCGCGACUAUCACAAGAUUCCAGACCUGGACGAGGACGGCCCACUGGAUCCUUUCCGUCUUGUCGUUUGCAUUGGUGACAAGCGCCUGACAGUAUCCUACUAUGCCAACGAGGGCACCAAGUUCUUCGUGGGCUCCCAGGAGGUGGAUAUCUGUCUGCAUGAUGCCAGCAGUGAAGAGCAGGCUGCUGACAGUGGCUCAGCGGGCACACCAGACUACAGUGUAUCGACUCCACCAGAGUACGGUAUAGAGAUGCUGGGCUCUGAUCCCAGAAUGGUCUUCAUGAUUGACGGCAAGAAGACUACUUUCCAGUUUGUUGAGCGCAAAGGAACGCAGUGGUCUCUGCAGCACUGUGGAACAGUGUACGAUGUGAAUGUGCUGACGGAAAGAGAAGCCGAGGUCGUGCAACAUAUACCUGCCAAGUCCAAGGAGUCUGCACUGAAGAAACUCAGCGCACCGCUGACCGGCAAGAUCGUGUCUGUCAAUGUUCAACCAGGUGACACGGUGGGUGAGGACGAGGCCAUGGCCGUGUUGGAGGCAAUGAAAAUGCAGGAUGUCCUACGCUCUCCUGGCGACUUCAAGGUCAAGGCUGUUUUCUGUGAACCCAACCAAGUCGUACAAGAAGGCGAUCUCCUCAUCGAAUUUGAGUGAUUCGAAUAAUCGGCAGGUCACAAUCGUUACUUGCCAAGUUUUAUUGCUUCAGUCAAUUUUUAAGAACUUUUUUAUACACACUAUCCCUAGCUCUCCUCCCCCCCCCCCCCCCCCCCCUCCCUUUCCACAACAACAACAACAACAACAGCCGCCACCAGCAGCAUCGUUCUCGCAGUAUAGCUUGCUUCGGUGAUGACAUUCCUAGAUCUUUUGUAAAAUAGUUGUAACAAUAGGCUGCUGUAACAGCGACUAAAUAGAAUAAUGUGGCAGCAAGAACAGCGGCAGCGUGAUUCAGAUGUGUAGAGGUGAACGUAUGUACAAACGUAUGUACAAACGUAUGUACAAACAGGUGUUAUUUGAAAGCAUUUUCAGCAGCACAAUGAAUGCAUGAGACAACUGCACACUCAAGAUCGAAUAAAAAAAUAUAUAAACAUGCACAUGCUCAUUCUUGCGUUUCAUGGCUGCAAUUUCAUGAAAUGAUUUUUUUAUGCUUUGCUCUGCUAGUCAGAGCUAGGUAGUUGACUCUUAUUAUUAUGCCGUCUCUUUGUGGCUUUUCAACAAUUUUUUAGAAUAUGUUUUCAGUUUCACCUUUCCACUUUCAAAUGUGUCGGUGCUUCUCGCUUUGAAGCUGCUAUAAGCUUCCUCCUUCA